AUGGUCCAUCCUCGAGCAUUCAGUUACAAUAUUCGACGGCGCCUACCAGGACACUCGAAUGGUUUUCGUACAGUGAUGACCACCGGCAUGGGAUGUUCAUCGUCCGUUGUGCUGGAGGAACCGAUUCCACAUCCUACGACGCCCGUAGUGGACACCAACGAGCAGGGACGGCUUCCUUCCCUAGGGCCAAAACAUCCCGAAUCUUUGGUAGAAGCCUAUCGCCGAUUGGACGAAGAAAUCUGUGCGCUUGAAAGUACUACGCCCGGACCACGGCUCAUGACGGCUGAAGCGUGGGUCGAGUUAUUGAAAGGUGCAAAGAGUAGCACUGGGCAAGAUGCAGUCGUACCACAAGCACCUUCACCACCAGUAACAAAUGAGGCCCUUCACAAUGGAAUCAUCCCGAAUGGGGUACCUGGAGGUGUGCUAAAACGGCCGCUAUCUGCGGAAAUAGAAAGUCCAACCGAAAGCGCGCGCAAAGAGAUGGUUAAGGUUCGUGAAAUCAUCCUUAAGCUGGACAUUGUGUCCAAUCAAUUCAAGGCGGCACAGCAGGAAGAGUUCAUUGCAAGGCUUUCGCGUACCGCGAUGGACCAGGAAGCAGAUCACUACCGCGAGGAGAUGAUUGUACACUCCCGAAAGCGUGCCCUUACGCUACGCACUGCUUUUGAACAGCUGAAGCGAUUGUAUCUCGAACAGGAUCGUUUAUUAGCGUCAGUUUACAACGGAGCGUACGGUACGCUGGCAGAACAAAAGCUUGACGGCGAGCUAGAUGCUGCACGAGACGUACGAGAUCGUCUAGGCGGAGCCGUUGAACAGUGGCGCAUUGCAGGUGGAUUACUCAGAGCGGCAGCCAAAGGACUGCACCAGGUGGUGGACUAUUGGGAGCUGAUACGCCCGUCGAAAAGUGCGGAAGAAACGAUCACACUAGCCUUGGAUGCACGAUCUACCUGUCACGGUGCACUAAUGGCACUCGAGGCCGCUCAGGCAGCACUUCCAUCGGUUGAGAUUCCGUACAUUACCAUCCGCCAGCAGUCCGCCGUACGACACGCACUGAUCUACCUUCUAACGGAUAUGGUUAAUCCAGCCCGGUACCAGCAUACGCGAGACGUGUUCAGUGUGUUUAGUGCGAACGUAUCCAAGGCGGUCCACUGGUUGCACGAAUGCUACAACGAGACGCUCAAGCAGGACUUUGAUGUUGCCGAUCAGGCCGCCACACUGUUGGCGAAACAUUUGCGCGAAGAACGUCUGCGAUAUCUAGUGAGCAAAAUGCCAAACAAAAUCUACAUCCGACCCGCGAUCGGGUAG